AUGGCACCUUUUGAGGCGUUGUACAGACGAAAAUAUAGAACUCCAGUGUGUUGGCUAGAAGCGGGUGAGAAGCAGUUUGCUGGUCCCGAGAUUGUUCAGGAAACGGCCGAUAAGGUGAAGUGUAUUCGGGAACGCUUAAAGGCGGCUCAAGAUCGACAAAAGAGUUACGCAGACAAGAGGAGCCGACCUAUGGAAUUCCAAGUGGGAGACCGUGUCCUGGCUAGGGUAGGACUCCAAGCUUACAGAUUAGAAUUACCACCUGAGAUGGCCGGAAUUCAUAACACAUUUCAUGUGUGUUACCUUCGUAAGUGUUUGGUAGAAGAAGAAAGUGUGAUACCGCUUUCGGAAAUUUGUGUAGAUGAGAACAAACAAUGCAUAGAAGAACCGAAAGCCAUCUUGGAAAGAAAGACCAAAGUGCUGAGGCACAAGGUGGUUGUCUUGGUUAAAGUUCAAUGGAAGCAUCAUCGAGGGGCAAACGUGACAUGGGAAGCGGAAAAGGAUUUGAAGAGGCGUUACCUUCACCUAUUCGCGUGA